CCCUGCUCAGGCUGACGCUGGUGCUUAGAGGCUGCUGUGUGCACGCUGGCUGCUGCACGUGUCUCUUGUUUAGUUCGGUAAUGUCCUGAUACAAAGUGUUCAACUAUGGCCAAGAAUAAGAAGAACAACAUGAACGAGUCCGGGAAGCAAGCAGGCAAAGCUGGACAACAGCCAAGGAAGCUGAGAGGAGAGGGUAAAAAUAAGAAGGCUAAACAAGAGGACAAAACCAAGAAGGCUAAACAAGAGGACCACCUCGAACACAUCCCCUUCAAGCUCCGAGAGAUAAUCAAGAGCAAAGACAGGAUGAAAACAGGAUCCAAAAAGUCCAAAAAGCUAAAAGCGGCCAUUUUACACAACAGUAAGCCGGAGGAUGCCCAGGACGGAGACAUCCCUGUCCCACACUUCAAGAGGAAAAAGAAGGAGAGUGUGAAAGCAUACUUGCAGCGAAUGAACAAUGAGGCAAAACACGUCCUCUUCCUCACCAAGAACCAAGUGGACAGAAAGCCGGAGCUGGAUGCAGACAAACAAGAGAAACCUGCAGGCAAGGGCAAGUCUGACAAGAAGAAGGAGCACGAUAAAUUGAGAUUGCAGAAGCUUCAUCAGAAAAAGUUGGACAGACAAGAGACCAAAAUGGAGAAAGAGAUGUUUGUAGACACUGUUCCUUUUGGUGAAGUUUCAAUGGCUCCACCAUCUUUCAGCGCCAAACCCAGGAAAGCUCAGCUCAAACCUCAGAAGGCAGCAAAAGAGCUGCUUCUCAACUCUCUGCUGGGCCACACUGCAGCCUCCACAGCUAAGCCCUCCAUGGCCAGACAGAGGAUCAUGGAGGAGGAGAGGCUGCGAGCAGUGGAGGCCUACCGUCUACUCAAGAAACAGAAACAGCAGCAGCAUGAGGCCAGGACUGCUAAUGUGGAAAAACUCAAGAACCCUCAGUGACUUCUAAUGCCACUAAAGUGAAGGAACGAUUACCGAGCUGCAGUCAUCACCAGUGACUGCAGUGAUGUUCACAAACUGACUUGAUCAUCACCGGCAGACUGUGUGUGUGUUAUGAAAUUUUGGAACUUUUGUGGGGAGCUUUCCACAAAUGUGCUAGCAAUCGGGGAAAGACACAAACAUUUGUAUUCACAAGUCACUGCAUGAGGUAAGUAGCAAACCACAUUCACCUGCUACUUGCGUGUUCAUAAGAGGACAGGACAUUUUCAUGUUUCUCUUGAAGUGCCUUCUGAAACAUGAUCACACACAACUACGGGCAGGUAGCGUUUGAUGACUACUCAUCCCUGUAACUGUGUUGGAUGUUCCGUGGCAAGCAUUUACAUUAUGUAAAUGUUGAAUUUGGGAUGUGAUGGACAUUAAAAUUAGGGUUAUGUCAAGGAAAAGAGAAACCCACCUGUGCUUCCACUAGAUGGCAGUCCUUGUGUAGAAAGUUGGUUUUAUGCUGUUAGUGUGGAGCAGACUGAACAUCCCCAAUAAAACGUAUUGUUAGUGACACAUCGUGCCAUAUUAUACAUGAAACUCUAUUGCUGAUUGAUGUUUUGUUUUUUAACCACAUGUCAGUCUCUAUUCAAUGAGUGUAAAUGACAAUUUACAUACUAAAUGUAAAGAAAUUAGGGGGAAAAAAAAACGUAUUUAUUAGCUGUUGUUGAUUAUCGCACAUGGUCCUCAUCAGAAGACGGUUUUCCAAGUUGUCUCAUUUUUCCUGAUUUUCCCUUUUAAUUAAUAUGAACUUUUUAUUCAUAUUGCCUGAAAAACUGAAGUUGAACGUUCAUUCUUGACUGGAGAUAAUGAGACAGCGACCUGUAUAGCCACCACCUGGCUUGUUUAGUAGCUUUACAGAGUUUUCAGCCACAUGUUCAUCGUCUGAUUGUGUUUUCCUGGCUGAUGUUUUCAAGAUCCCAAAAAAACUUUUACCUCAGCAACAAGAAUAAACAUCUGAAAUUUUGGCAAUUUUAUUUUUUAAAAUGGUCAGAUCAUAUUUCCGUUUGUGCCUCUCGGAGAGCCUGAGUCUUGGGAUAAAUAAAUCACAUUAGCCUUGUUGAAUGCGGAACACUUAUUAGAGCCUGGCACAGCUAUUUACUUUUGUAAUCCCUAAAAGGUUUACCCUCAUGAACAAGGCCUUUGUUACAUAUUGGUCUCUGAGACAAACCGUACCAAUGCAGAUGUGCUGUUUGACAACUUAAUCAUUCAAAGAAGCCUGCAUCUAUAAAACAAACAUUAUGUUGUUAAUGUUUCUGCAAUAGUGAUCAACUGAACGAUAUCAGCAGAUGGUAUUACCUUGUAAUAAUCGUCUGGUCUGCGAGUUCAGUCAUUUCUAUUUAAUCAGCCUGACUGGUAAAACCCUCAGUCUUUUUUUUUUUUCAUCUGUGUUUGUCCUCUGAGGGUUGUCACAGUGACAAGGAAAUGUAUUAAGUGGGAACAGCUGCUGGUGAUUGGGAGAGCUGACUCCCCUGAGCUCAGCACCUCCACCAUUGGUCAUGUAACCACCUGUCUGCAAGACAUCGAUUCAGACUAUAGGGGCAAAGAUGCUGCUUUUGACUUCAGCUCAUGCAAUAGACCAGGAGUUUCUAUGUAUUACACUCAAAAUGUAAUGAGAAAUGCCUUUUCUGCAGAGUGACACCGUACCAGUUGCCCAGUAUGAGAUGAGCAACGCUCUGCUGGGACAGCCUCUGUUUUCUGUCAGUUUAAAGCUAACUGGGUCAGUGAUCUUAAUACUUACCAAGCAAAGAAGCAGGAUUUAUUGGAAAUAAAAAUAAAUGAUGUCUGAAUUCUCUUUUUGUUUAAA